UCCUUUUAGAAACAAAACCCCUCUUCUAGCUAAAACCCUUCUCCCCCCUUGCAGUUUUCAUUCUCCGAGUCAGUUCUUCUUCUUCCCUGACCUAAUAAUCAUGGUGGUGUUGACGGAGAAGAACGACGCAGCAGUCAUCCUAUGUAGAUUCAACAAAAUUGUGUUAAGUUGGGAUUAUUUCAGUCUCCUCCCAAACCUCAAAGAUAAGAAAAAGAAGCUCAAAAUUUCUAAAGAAGAUGCGAAGAAAUUAGGUCUGAAGAAAGUGAAAAAGAGUUAUAAAACUGUUGAUGAUUAUAUCAAAACUUUUGAACCACUUUUGUUUGAAGAAGUUAAAGCUCAGAUCAUUCAAGGAAAAUCUAAAGAUGAUGAUGAUGAUGUGGGAGUAUCUAAAUUUGGAUGUAUUAGCUCGUAUACUGAAGCUGACGGGUUUCAUUUGCCGAUGGUGGUGUUUGAGGCGGAGGAGGAUGAUCGGAUUGCAGAGAAUGAUCUUCUACUUGUUACUGAACAUCAGAUUGAAAAAACAUUGCCAAAAAUGUAUGCAUUUGCCUUCGUAUUAAAUCGCGAGGGUAGAAAUCAGAUGAAACUGCGGAUGUUUGUGGGUGGAGAAUUUGAGGGUAUCAAUACUGAUAAAAUCAAACAUAUUCCACCGCGCAUGUCUGAAAUGCACAAGUUUUUCGGAAAAGAGCAAGCAAAAAGAUCCAUGUGCUUUGUCAAGGUUGCUGGCUUGUCAACUAUCAUUCGUGAAUAUGUGGCCUUGAUGUCUGUUAAAUCUCUUCCUUUUAAAGACUUGAUAUUGUCAGCUUCUGAAAAAGAUGCUACUUCAGAGCAUCGUCCGUGGAAAAUUCCGAGACCUCUCAUGCAAUCUCUCGAAAAUAAUCACAACAGUUCACAAUUGGAUGCCAUACGUGAGGGUCUUUCACGUAAAUCUGUUGUUCUCAUCCAGGGUCCCCCUGGAACAGGAAAAACUCAAACAAUCCUUGGACUCCUCAGUGCCGUUCUGCAUGCAACUCCUACAACUUUGCAGUCUAAGGGAGAAAAGCUUGAGAUAAUACGUCAGCCUGAAAUGUCAAUAUCUGAAAAGUAUGAUCACUGGAAGAUAGCAUCACCAUGGUUGUAUGGUUGCAACCCCAGAGACCUAAUUAUGCCCAUUGACGGUGAUGACGGAUUUUAUCCAACAAGUGGCAACGAUAUGAAACCGGAAGUAGUCAAUUCAAAUCGGAAAUAUCGUGCACGAGUAUUGGUCUGUGCUCCAUCCAACUCAGCGCUGGAUGAGAUUGUUUUGCGACUACUGAACACAGGAAUUCGUGAUGAAAAAGACCGUCCGUAUAACCCUAAAAUUGUGCGAAUUGGUCUAAAGGCACAUCAUUCUGUUCAGGCGGUGGCCAUGGACUAUCUUGUAAACCAGAAACUUGCUGGGAUGAAUACAACAGCUGAUAUCCGGAAGCAGGGAUCGGGAGCUGACGAUAGAGACAGUAUCAGAGCUUCAAUUCUUAGUGAAGCAGCCAUUGUUUUUUCCACUCUCAGUUACAGUGGUUCCACACUCUUCAGUAAGCUGAAUCAUGGGUUCGAUGUUGUUAUUAUUGAUGAAGCUGCUCAAGCUGUCGAAGGGGCAACACUUAUUCCCUUGGCCAACGGAUGCAAACAAGUAUUUCUGGUUGGGGAUCCUGUUCAGUUACCAGCAACUGUUAUAUCUACUAUCGCACAAAAAUUUGGAUAUGGGAUGAGCUUGUUCAGUAGAUUCCAGGAGGCUGGCUAUCCAGUGCAGAUGCUAAAAACCCAAUAUCGCAUGCACCCAGAGAUAAGACACUUCCCUUCAAAAGAAUUUUAUUCCGCGGCAUUAAAGGAUGGGGAAGAAGUAAAGGAGCAGACAAUACGGCCAUGGCAUGAUUUCAAGUGCUUUGGGCCAUUUUGUUUUUUCGACAUAGAAGAUGGUAUUGAAUCGGGAUCCGAGGACACUGAUCAAUCUAAGGUUAAUUUUGAUGAAGUUGAAUUCGUCCUUUUGAUGUACCAUAAGUUGGUGAAGAAUUAUCCGAAGCUAAAAUCAAGUUCUCAGCUGGCAAUAAUAACUCCUUAUGCCAAGCAAAUGAAGCUCUUCCGAGAUCGUUUUCGUGAAACUUUUGGGAUGGAAUCCAAUAAAUUUGUGGAUAUAAACACUGUUGAUGGGUUUCAGGGUCGGGAAAAAGAUGUCGCGAUAUUUUCUUGCGUUAGGGCCAACAAAGAAGGCAAAAUAGGGUUUUUGGGGAACUUUCGAAGAAUGAACGUUGGAAUCACCAGAGCACGGUCGUCAGUCCUGGUUGUGGGUUCUGCAUCUACACUGAAGAAGGACAAGCAUUGGAACAGUCUAGUUGAAAGUGCUCGAGAACGGGGUUGUCUUUUCAAGGUUCAGAAACCUUAUGGCUCAUAUUUCAGUGAUGAAAACUUGGAAAGCAUGAAAGUGGCUGAAUCCCAGUUAGAGCGUAUGGAGGGUCAUAUGAAUGAUAUGGAAAAUAACGCGAACAUGGACGUCAAUCCUAUGGUAGAAGAUGUUGAUCAAGCAAAUGUAGAUGAUGAAGACGGCGGAGAUGGAGAUGGAGGAGAUGGUAAUGAUGAUUAGACUAGUUUUAUAUUUUUCGACUCGAUCAAUUUACCCUUGUUAAACGCUAAUAGGUUUCGAAAAAAGAAGCCACCAAACCAAAUUUUGAUGUAUAUAGUUUGAUAUAUGUAAUGAUAUAGCUUAGUUUGGUGGCUUCACACAAAGCAAAUGUUGUAGGCCAUUUCAAAACGUAAUAUCCAGUUGUUUUUUCCUGUGAAUCAUCUCGGUAUGAGUUAACACAGGGCCUUGCAGC